CGCAUCAGAGAUUAACAUACACUCCGACUCACAAGAACCAUAAAUACUACUUCUUUAAUUCGCUAUGUUUCCAGCAGUCUAAACAACUAGCUAUACUUUAACAGUCCAGCGAAGUUCUUAGAGGAUUGUGCUAUCAAUCUGAGGUAUUUUGUUAAUAUUAAGGUAAACUACAAGAUAUUGCUGUUCAUGAUAAUGGAGUGCCAAUAUAACUUCACCAGCAUCUAAUGGUGUGUCUGUCGUCAAUCAUAAGCAAGAGGUGGUGUUGGUUAUAAGACUGAAUAUUGUAGUAAGGAAUGCAGAGAAGACAUGUGAAUGGUCCCUCACAUCCUAGCUCCCUUAAAAACAGCAAACCUGUUAAUAAGAGUAAGGUUAUUGGUUUGCACGAGAAUGGGACAGUAACCCAGACAAAUGUCACUGCGGAGAAUGACCUCCAAAGCUACGAUGAUGAAGACUUAGAUAUUGCACCGUAUGUAGUAAGAAAAGAUAGACUGAUAAUGGAAUUAGAGAGCAGCUUGGCUGAAAUAGAUGACCAGUGUGUGAGUGCGUCACGACUCGAAGAACAAAAAAACGCGGCAGAAGAACAGAGAAAUGUACUGUUAAGAGAAAUUGAGGGGACAGUAUCUGAAAUCCAAAGUCAUGUACUGAACGCACGUGAAAUGGAAAUUGAGAAAAAAGCAAUUGAAAAUGAAUGCAAGGGAUUGAAGAAACAGGUUGAGCAUUUACGCGCUCUUCUGGAUGGUAAGGAAGGUAACAAACAGUGGAAUCAUAUCGAUAUAUUACACGGAGAUGACUCUAUGCGUGCUAGUCUUGCGCAUGCUAAUUCAAAGAACCAGCUGUUGGAGAAAGAGGUGAAAAAGUUGAGGCUUGCAAAUGAACGGUUGCACUUGAAAGAAAAGUCAAGCAAAGGCUCAGCAGAUGUUGAAAAGUUGAGAAAAGAAAACGAAGAAUUACAAAAACUUCUCCAAGCAGCUGAAGAAUCCGAAAAUAACAUCGCUCAGGAGUUGGCAACGUGUCAUCAAACAAUGGCGCAAAUGAAACACGAUUAUGAACAGUUAAACCAGGAAAAGCUACAUAUUGAAGCGGAGAAGAACAGCAUUGCUCUUGAAAAAGCCGAACUGGAAUCAGAACUGAAGAAACUACAUGAUUCACAAGAUAAACAGAAUGCUAACGCAAUCAAAAAGGAUUCUGGUGUCCCAAGUAGCAGACUAGAGAAGGAAAAGAUAAUGUUACAGAAAAAACUACAGAAAAAUGAAGAUGAACGAGAAGAAUUAGAAAACCAGAACACUGAACAAAAGAAACGAAUAGAAGAAUUACAAGCUGAAAUCAAGGGACUGAAACAAGGUAAGAAAGGAGAGAAAGGGGAAUCAAAAGCAAAUGAACAACUGAGACCAGCACUGGAAAAACUAAAUAAAGAGAACUCAGAGCUACAUCUUGAGUUGGAAAAGGCUGAGAAGGAAAUAAACGCCCUGAAGAUAUGUCUAGAGGAAGAGCACGAUAGUAAAACUAAUGAAGAUGUUGCAAUCGAAAAGAAUGAGAAAACUAAAGCAGAAACAACGAAAAAAGGCAAAACUGCAAAGAAAACUAAGAAAAGUUCGACUAAAGAAGACAAGAAAAGCGAUGAAAACGACGAAGAUAUGCAGAGUUUGAAAGAUGAAAUUGAAAUGUUGAAAAAGAACAAGUUCAACAUGGAAAGUGAAUGUCUGGCGCUGUCAGAAACAGUUACCAAAGUCGCUGGCGAGAAACGAACCAUGAAAAAAGAAAUAGAAGAUUUAACGAACGAAAAAGAGAAGCUGGAAAAAAAAGUCAAAGAUUUGGAGUUCAGGAUACGAGAACUGGAGAUUAUUAAAGCACGUAAAGAGGAGUUGGACACGAAUCAUGCGGAACUGCAAACACGGCACCAAGAAGUUUCUUCUGAGCUGGAAAAAGUGAACGAAAAUAAUGCAAUGAUUCAUAACCAACUUGAAAGAGCAACUGCUGAAAAGGAUACACUUUUGACGGAGAGAAAGGAGUUCCAGGAAGCCUUGCAGGCUAUUAAAAAAGAAAUGGAAGGUGUACGCAAAGAUGUGGCCAGCAAAAGUAAUGAGAUAAAACUGCUGAGAAAAAAGCAUGAAGAAGAAAAGAGGAGACUGAUUGGUAUGAAAGAUGGAGGCGACAAGGAAAUGAAUAGAUUACAGAAUAAAUUAAAGGGGAUCGGGGAGCUAUUGGGAAUGGAGACCGAUCUGGAACCCGAUGAGGAAGAAGUUAAGAAAAUCAUUAAAAAGUUACAAACUGAUGUUGAAGAGUUGAAGAAAAAGAAUGAAGAAUUGGAAAAAUCAAAAAUAGACAUCGAAGAAAAAUUAGAAGGCGUAGAGAAAAAGUCCGAAGAAUUGUUGGUAGAAAGUGCUAAAGCAAAUGAUAUGGCGAUGGAGAAAGCUGUUGAACUGUCACGAACAAAAAGGGCCUACGAGAAAAAAAUCGAAAAAUUAAACAAAGAAAAUUCAGAAUUUAGGAAAAAAUUAGGUGAACUUUCUCCAGCGAGAUCUGCUUCACCACGUAUAUCCCCUGAACCUAUCAUGGCACAGAAUGCACAGAGUGUAGAAUCAGAAUAUACUGGCGCGUCAUCUGCUCAACCACACCCACUACAACCAUCACAGGCUAGCAAGCAUGGAAACUCCGGUCCUCGGCAUCAAAAUCUUGAAGGUAGAAGGUCUCCCCCUUAUACCGGAAGAGGACACGGCCUUCCAAUAGAGCCACCUCCUUACCCUAUGACUAAGAGAAAGUCAAUGGAUGAUGUGGCGCUUCGAGAUCAACGAAACGAGCGUUACUUGCCUCCCUACCCUGGAAGACCACGACGUACAUCUGAGACCAGACCCACAUCAAGACCACAAAGUGGUUCAGUUGUUACUGUUGUUGCUGGUUCUGUGGGAGAUAGACAAGAGGUAAGGAGGAGCAACGCUAACUACAGUUCGUUUCCAAAAGAAAGGAGGCGAAGCCAUGGAGGACAGGCUUACCCACAACGAUCUUCUGAACCGGGGCAUAGUUCUGAGCCCCAGUCCCCAAGCGAGCCUACGUUCCAAGUAGUUGGGUAUCGAAAAGUCAUUCAAGAACACUACGUCUGACACAGCGUCUGGCACAAAAAAUAAUGAGAAACAUCGGCUCCUCAAGCCUGCUAAACAGGAUAUACUAGUUAAACAGGCUUCCUCGUCCUAGUCUUUUUUUCUCUUCAAUGUGCUUCAAUGUUCGUUGAGGUCGCACUGUAACGUAAUGAAUUAUUACGAUUAUUGAAUAUCGAUAGAGACUCAUAACACUGCCACCUCCCUGCUGGUCGGUGAGUCGCAUUAAGUUUCUCUUUUCUUAUGAUGUCUUUGUCAUUUUUUUCCUAUCAAACACGUUUUUUCACGGAUUUUCUUAGCUAUUUUCUUUUCAUUUAUCAUUCAUGAAAAUGAGUUUACAAUAAUGUUCCAGUUAGAAUACUGCUAGCCGCACUACACCACCGUCUCAUGCAACUUUGAUAAUGAAAUCGAUAUGUUCCCAGACUCUUUACCUUUCACGUCCAGCAAAAGAAGAAAGAGCCUGGUGUAGGUAUUGUAUUAGUGAUAUCGGCUAAAGCUAAUGAGCUAUAUUUGUUUGCGAACCAUAGUUCAGCCAUUAUUUUCACUCAAAUAUUCACCUGCAUUUACGCACUUUACGAGGUGUAUUUAACAAUUAUUCACCUAAGUUGAGGUAGAGAGUCCUAAUUUAUUGACUCCUACUUAUAUUAAUUCAUAAGUGAAUAACGCUAAAUACUUUUUUUUUGAUAACCAGAGAUUUUCUAUGUCGCGUGCACUUGGUUCAAUUAACCGCGGUAAAUAUCGCCCAAUAUCCACCUGUAUAGUAUUGGAUAUCUAUUCCACUUGUUUAUAUCUGAGAGGUGUAAACUUUGUACUGUAUUUUUAUGGUAUUCUUUUGUAAUAAACUGUGCAAAAUCUUUUGUAA